GUUGAGACUGAAGAGACGUUGAUGGAAGAAGGUGCAGAAGAAGAUGGAGAGACUGCUGAAGUUUUUGAGGAGAUAGAACAACAAAGAACACCAGAAUCUGAGCCAGCUGACCUAGAGUCUCUUCUCUCAUCUCUCACCAGUCCCACUGCCAGUGCCGUAUCAAUGUUUGAGGACAAGGAGUUCCUGGAGGAAGAUUACCCACUGGCAGUGAGGCUGUUUGAGGACAUGCCUCCCUUCCUCCUGAGUCAGAUCCUGGGUCUGAGGAUGGAGGAGUGGCUGGCCAUUGAGGCAGUCGACAAGAAGGACGAUGAGAAACAGAGGGCCAGCGUCCUGCAGACCUGGGGCAGGAGCAGGGGAGACUCUGCCAAGUGGUCUGUACUGGUGGAGGCUCUGAUUAUACUGGGAUUGAGGGGCAAGGCCCAGAUUGCCUGCAUAGAAAAAGGCAUGCCUAUUACUUAAUGUUUGUACACAUGAACACUUUUACACUACACAGUAUGAAUUUGGGAUGAAGUACAUAGGUAACAUCGAGCAAUUUUUAGCCUCAAAGCAGCAAUAUUCACGAUGUACAUAGACAUCUCCUGGAAACCUGAUCGCAUCAGAUACCCAAGAGAGGGUUCCACUGCCUCAUGUUAGUGAAGAUGGUCCACUCUGGUCCUCGGUGGUGAAAAAACUUCUGAGUGGGAACCAAACGAUACAGCAGAUGCUGACUGAGAUGGAAGGUGUGAGAGUGGACCUAAAGAUGAAGGAUGAGGAGAUGUGUGCCAGGGAGACAGUCCUGGAGCAGGCCAGGACCGAGGGAGAGCUCACCUGUGCCAGUCUAAAGAGAGUCAAGCAAGACCUGACCAGGGAGAUGACACAGUGCAAGACCUUGGAGGGAAGAAUGGGUCAGAUCUCUCCCGCAAAUGAGUUAUUCCCAGACGACAAUUCCGAGGGAGGGGGUGAGGUGGAAGAGCUGAGGAGCCGGCACAGAGAGCACAUGGAGGCAGUCCAGAGUCUCUGGAAGGAGCAGGAGGCCAAGAAGACAGAGUACGAGAGCCACGUGGCAAGGCUGGAACCUCGGGAGCGGGAGAUGAACCAGAUGAGGUCCGAGUUUGCCGCACAGAGGACCUGGCUAGUGGACAGACUGGAGGAGAUGUAUGAACUCUUCACUGGCAGAGAGAAACCUGUGAGCCCAUUGAAUCAUCGUGGCCCCGUCACUCCUGGAGGCUACAGAGCUGCCACUGACCAACUGGUCCCAACUAAUGACCCCAUACUCCCCACUGGAUACACCAUUAUGGACCUGUUUCACCCCAGUAACACCUUCAGCCUCCUCCCUGGUAUCGACCCAGUCGGCAGACCUCUCACAGUGCAAGGCAACCUGCUCACUGGGAUUUCAAUCAAGGGAAGGGGCUCCCUCAAUCAAGAAUGUGGGCUGGUGUCAGAGGUGGCAGCUUCGUUUAUAGUGACUCUGAGGAUCCCCAACAGAGGGAGGCUAAUGGUCGACGACCACAGAGCCGUGUCUAUCAAGAACACGCCAUAUAAAGGUGGGGGACCCUGCGUUUGAGUUCAUAAUUCGGCCGUACAAGGACACAAAGGUCACCUUUGAGUCUCGCAAGUUCCUCAAGUCGUUUCUGACCGUGGACCAGAAUGCUCACCUCUCGGUGCAAGAGAUGCCACCAGACUUCAGCGACAUCCAGUUUAUAGUACGAGUACAGAGGUUUGUUGGACCUUACACCACACAAAUCAUGUGUCCUCAUGGGAGACCUUCCAUUGUCAACCAGCUGAAGGACAGGAGUGUUGUUCAGUUGUACUCCAAGGCAACUGGUAUCUACCUCGGUCUGAGGGUCAAUGGAGAUGUAGUGGGAAUGACAAACGCUGACAACGACAAGACUUUCAUGGUGUACUGUGAUCGAGGUCUGGGCAGAGUCUCGCUGCAGAGCUAUGCUCCUCCCCUCCUCAAACUCAAAAUGAGGUUUAACGGAAACCUCAUCUGCCAGGCAAAAGAGAAUUUGGACAAUGAUUUCUAUCUGAAGGAGUCACCAGAUGGCACGGUUCUGUUUGAGAGUGUCCCCAACAAGGGGCGGUACGUUCAGGUCACCGUGAAAAACAAAAGAGUGUCACCAUCAUCAGAAACUUCUCCAUCGUUCUACUGGUGUUUGGGAAGGAGAGGGGGAGGACUGUUACAGUCACAAAGUAUGUAUUGAACUGAUUAUGUAACGGUACACAACUGCAUGCAUUAGAAUAUUGGACUUGAACAAAGUGUUUAGUACAUCUCAUACAACAAGAGUUGUGGAAUUUAUAAGAACUAAUAACAAAAACAUUUGCUAUAUAUAAUAAUACACAUGUAUCAAUCAAACCGUUUCUAUCUACUUUCUUUUCAAGCGUUCCACUUGAAGCUUUAGUUGGAGGUUCUCAUGAGCCAAAUCAUUUCUGAGUAGCUCUUCACCUUUGAGCUCGUGUCUGAGACCCCUCACCUCUUGCUCCAUGUUGGAAACUGUCUCUUGAAGCUCGUCACAUUUCUUGUUGGCCUCCUCCAGCUCUCUGUUGGCCUCGGAGAGACUAGACCGGGCUAUUUCCAGACUCUUUCUAGCCUUCUCCAGCUGGGAUUUCAGCUCUGCUGCCGCCUUACCGUCAUCUGCAGACUUUGACUCCACCUAC